GAGUGCCUUCCCGACCCGCUACGCUUGCGUACUCUACUUCCGUUUCUUGUUUUCUCCCACAUAUCAAACCUCCUCUUCCGCAUGCCAACCUGAAGGCUUUGUGUCAUUUACAAGACAACAUGAAGCAGCUUCAACCUUUGGUGAACCCCUGCCUCAAAGCUUGAUAUAUUCAACAAAAGUCCAGCCCUAAAGCCUUCUACUCUUAUGAAAUACUAGGAACAUGUCGCAAUGUGUCGAACUAGACGAUUUCGAGCUGUCCGCGCGUAGUUCUGGCUUGCACUUGGUAGUAUCAUCACAUCUUUUCGUAUCAGGUAAGGAUGCUUCUCGACUAGAUUGCCACCAACUAUACGACAGUAUUCAAGCCGAGAAACUAUGGCUUUUGCCGCCCAACAUCUUCUAUCUUCAGCUGUCUCUGCGGUUUGAUGGUCAUACGACGAAUGCAAUACCACCAGAAAGUAAUUUCCUCGAGCAUCUUGCCAUCACAAUUGCUCUCUCGACGCUUUGGGAUAUGCUUGGAGUCUCGAUCAAGUGUACAGAAGUCACGUACGACCCCGAAUCCCAGGGCGAUCCUGAUCUGCUGUUUGAGGUCGAACACCCAGACAAGGCCUCCGCGUUGUUGUCUCCGCCCGGCAUUCCGACCAGCACGGCAAACGGACUGGUGUGUUCCCUUGAGUACCACUCACGUUCGACGCCGGAUGACGAUUGUCUCCUGAGCCAUGACGCUGAGCAUGAGCCUGGAUUUCGCGAAGAGCACCCUAGUUUUGAAGGACAAGAAGAAGAAUUGGCGCCACUCGAACAGCCCGUCGAGUACUCACCAGCGAUAUAUGGGCUGGACGGGCAUGUCUUGCUGCACAACGGAACAGCAAACAGCGACGCCUUACAGCUCCGCCGCAGCACGGGUGACUUGGCUCUCGCAACUCUAUAUAAGAUCUUUGGCCUGAAAAGAACGUUUCGAGGUAUCCGAGUCGGGCCUCCAAUCUCACCAACAUUAUUGGAACUAGCACCAACAGUAUUCAAUGCCCAUUAUAUGCAAACAACAGCGACUUAUGCCCGUACUUUCUCGGCCAUAUCUGAUACUAUCAUCAAUGCUUCGAAUUGGCGAUUGUCAAUACAUCGAAAAGUUGAAGGAUUUACCGGACGCGGCGAUGACGAGUCGAUAGAGAAUUCCCACAGACCGCAUGACAAAGCGCGGACACCCAUACAACAGCAACUAUGGACGAUGUUACGUGCAUCUCUAGACAUUGCAGUUGGGACACAGCCUGCUUUGAGAAAAGUUGAUCAGCAUUCCAGGCGAAUGGAAUUAGAAGAUUGGGAAUCUCAUCUCUGCGCGGAUGCGACUGAGGAUAGAAACAUGAUGCAUGGCUCUCCCAUGCACUACGAUGAUUCCCGUCCAAAUUCGCAGGAUUACGACCUUGAGGACCGUUUAGAAGAGUCUGAAAUAAACACUGAUGAUAUCGGUGCUUCUGUGAGCGAGUGGAAUGCCAACAUGGAGGCGAGAUGUCUUAAAGCGGCAUAUGGGGAUAAACGGGAAAUUGAAUGUGGAUUCUGGAACGAUCCAGAUUCGCAUGUUUGGGAGGCGAAUCAGGAUGAACAAACAACUCAACUGACAAGAUUCUCUGAGGCUGGCAUUGACCGUCUCCCAUUGUCACAUCGACAGGAAUAUCUAACACAGAAAACUCGAGGGAGCAGCGAGCUCCAAGAGGAUCUUUAUGUUGAGGACGAUGAGACGAUAGAUCAAUUUCACAAUAUAUAUUGA